AUGUUUGAAGGCAUUGCCUCUACCAUCAUUGUAAAAUUAUUGGGGGAUUAUAUCGAAAAUCUUGACAGUAAAUCACUUAAGAUUGCGAUAUGGAGUGGUAGUAUUAAUCUCACCAAUUUAACGCUCAAGGCUUCGGCUUUGGAUACAUUUGAUUUACCUAUAUCGGUCGUACAGGGAUGUGUUGGAAGUAUUGAUGCCUCAAUUCCUUGGCAAUCGCUCUCGAGCAGUCCUGUGAUUGCAAAAGUGAGUGAUGUUUUUCUGGUGGUUCAACCGAAAAAGUGUGAUCACUACGAUGAAAAAUCUGAGAAGGCACGAGGAUUGCUGGCCAAACAACGUGCUCUUCAAAAUCACGAACUAUGGAGAGAACAACAAGAGUUAUUGAAUGAAGCAGCAGGCUCAGAAAAGAAGGAGGAAAAACAAGGAGACACAUUCGUCUCUCGAUUGACGGAAACAAUUCUCAACAAUCUUCAAGUUGAAAUUUCAAACGUACAUGUUCGUUAUGAGGAUGGAUCUAAUCCAAAAAAUCGUAUUGUUUUUGGUAUUACUAUGGAAAAGCUCUCUCUCAAGAGUUGCAAUGAAAGUUGGGAGGAAGUAUUCAUCAAGACAGCUCAACAAGCGUUCUAUAAGAAAUUACUUUUACAAAAUUUGUCAUUCUACAUGAACAAUAACGAGGUGGAAUUAUUUUCCAAGUCUGGAAUGGAUACUAAAAAGUUUUCACUUCACAUGAGGAAAAUUAUCACGGAAAACAAAUUUUACAGAAGAUUUAUUGUGAGUCCAAUUAAUGGCGAAUUAAAACUCAUACUGCAAAAAGAAGACAAUGUAAAUAUUUGCCUCGACGACAGACAAUACAAAAAUUUAUUGUCUACUUUGGAAUACAUGACCAACUAUGCGAGAUUUGAAAAAUUUAGACAUUUACGACCUAAAAGUGACUAUAUUUCAAGCGAAAAACAAUUAUGGUGGGAAUAUUUAGUGAAUGCAGCAAAGGAUAUAGUGGAAAAGCAACAUUUCACUUGGGAACAAGUUGAAGAACGAAAAAAGGAUCGUAAAGAAUAUAUUGAACUCUUCAAGAGAACUAAGGAAUAUCCUUGGCAGAAAAAACUCUCGGAAUCUGAAAAGAAAGUCCUUCAAGAACUUGAGGACAAGUUAGAUUUUGACGAUGUACUCUUUUUCCGAGAGUUAGCCCACGAAGAAUUAAAAGUGGAAAAGGAGAAGAAUAAGCACAUGCUAGUUAAAAAAGAGAAAUCUGGUGGAUGGUUUUCUGGAUGGUUUGGAGGAGGCGGUACGAAAUCAUCGACAACAGCCAGCACUGGCUCAGAAGAAGAGCCUUCAUCACCUGUAGUGUUUGAAUUCACAGAUGAGCAACGUGAGGAACUUCACAAAACCAUCGGCUACAACGCAAAAGAAAAAUCUCAAUCUCUCGAAUUACCUGCUGAAUAUGUGGCUUAUCAAAUUAACUUUUUCCUAAAGCAAGGUGAGCUUAAAUUGAGAAGUGCUCGUGUGAAAAGUAGUGAUGCUGAAUCGGCGAUAGUGAAAGGUGCUUUCAGCAACUUUAGAACAGAGGUUGGAGUACGAGCUCAAGGCUCUGUCAUUGUACGAGUUACAUUGGAAGACUUUGAAAUAACGGAUCACUUUUCAGACGUGACUCAAUUCAAGCAAAUCCUUUCAAAACGAAAGGACUCUGGACAACUUGCUGAAGUACUUGUUGAAACAAAGCCUUUGGAUGGAGAGUCAGACUUGAAGCUUCAAGUAUUACUUCAACAAGUCGAUAUUGCUAUUAAUAUUCCACUUAUCCAAAAGAUUCUCUCCUUCUUUAUUAUUCCAUCCAAUCUUGAUUUUUCUACACUACAAAGUUUAGCAAUGAAACAAUUCGAAAAUUUACAACAGCAAGCACUCACUCAGUUGAAAGUUGCACUCGAAUCCAAGAUGAUUAUUUCUUUGGAUGUACUCAUUUUAGCACCAACAUUUAUUGUACCUAUUGAUCACAAAGAUGAGAAUUCAAAAGUUGUUUUACUAGAUUUAGGUAAACUGAAAUUCAAGAGUGACAUUGAUAAAAUUGAGCGAGCUAGAAGAAUUAAAAACGAAACCGUUGAAGAGAAGGACUUUUACGAUCGAUUUGAUAUAGAGCUUUCAAAUAUUCAAGCCAUGAUUACUGAUGUUUCCAGUUUUAGAAAUAACACCUAUUUAUCUACAGAGGGCUCAAAUAGUUUCCAAUUGGUGGAAAAAGUUAGUGUUGCUUUGAAAUUGGGCUUGCUCAUCACCAAUGACCCCAACUAUGCUGGAACAAAGCUCGAAGGAAGUGUUCCAAAUAUCAAGAUUAAUUUAUCACCAAUGGCCAUGAAUACUAUUAUCAAAGUCACCAAUAAUUUCCUUGUUCUGGCAGAUAAUCCCACAGGCAACAGCAAGGAAGAUGUAGAACUCAAAGGACCCAUGAAAAUCAAAUCUGAUCUUUUAACAGAAAGCCAAUGGAAAAAUUAUUGGGCUGAGCUCACAGAAAAUGGACGUUUAAUGCUCUACACGAACGAGAACGAUCUAAAAGCUGCUGGUUGUAUCAUUUUGAAUGAAAGAUCGGUGGAGUAUCACGAGCGUGAUAAAAAUCCAGAACUGAGUGCGUUACAGUGGUGUGCAGUAAUUCCACAAGACACAGGACCUACCACUGUCUAUUUUGAAGUUGAAAAUCAAAGUGUGUAUGACAAGUGGUUCAACCUAAUGAUCACUAAGAAUGUGAAUCGAAAACUUGUACUUGAUAUUACCAAUACAGAGAAUGUAGAAAAGGAGGAAGUACGACAAAAGAAAGUGAAUUUCAAAUUGAAGUUUAACCUUGGCGAGUUUUGUGCCUCCCUCGUAUAUAACAAGAAGGUUGAUAACACUGAAAACAGUCCAAUUAUUGAUUUGCCUCUCACUGACAUCAAAUUGCACGAUUUUUCUGUAGAUAUGGCGGUCAGAAAUUAUGAUAUGAUCAUGAACUUUGCUCUUAGAGCCUUCACUAUUAGUGACAAGACCACCCAUCUCACUGACAAGUAUAUUAUUACCUCAGACUUGCAAUCAGACAAACGGUUAGCAGAUUUGACGCUGAUACAAGUCAAUAAUAGGGAAUCUGAAUAUUACACCAGAAAUGCGGAUUUACUGUUGGACGUGACCUUUCACAAAAUGCUCUUCAAUUUUGACCCAGUUUCUCUCACUACUUUUCUAUUGUAUAUAUAUGAUGUUAUUGAAUUAACACAACAAAUUGAAUCAAGAGUUCCAACCAUUACACCAGCGGAGGCCAAGAAAUUUGUUGAAAAGAGAGAUAAGAAGAGGAACAAUCUAGAUUUACAUGCCUCACUCUCCGAAGUGAGCUUGGUGCUCGUAUUGCAAGACUAUUCUAAUUUUGCUACUGCCACAGUUGCCAAUGCAGAUGUUUCUUUCGCCAUGAACGAUGUUUCCUUAUAUGUGAAGGGAACUGUCGGCAAUUUGUUGGCUGUAGACAAUACCAACGACGGUACAAUCUACAGGGAAAUUGUUGGUCUUUCAUCCUCGAGUGAUAAGUCACUUAUUACCUUUUCAUAUCAUCAGAAUAAUGAACGUCCUGCUGAGUUGCUGCCCUCUCAACCUUACUACAACAAGUUUUUGAAGCUCGUACUUGAGUCUGUUAAAAUCGUCUAUUUGAACAGAAUUAUCAUCAGAUUGCAACAUUACAUGCAAAAUGGACCAUUAUGGGACGUGUUGGCAGCAGGUGGUAAAAAAGUUUCUGAAAUUUCUAAGGAUACUGUUGCAAAACAAUACGAAAGUUUAGAAAUGUUUAAUUUGGACGUGACAUUAUUGAACCCUCUCGUCCUUGCUCCAAUGGCGUACAACAAUCCAGAAUGCAUUGUUGGUAAUUUGGGUAAAAUCAGAGUUUCAAAUUCGCUUUUUGAGAGAAACAACUGCUGGUUAGAAAGUUAUGACAUUUCUUUCACUAAAAUGAAUUUACACACCAUAACAGCACAGGAUCCAAUGACAUAUGUCGUUGGAGAUAUGGAUUGGAUUUUGGCUGUUGAAAGACCUGUCAUUAAUACGGAAAACAAAUUUCCAGGAGUGUCCGUUGAUAUCAAGGUGUCAGAUGUUGCCAUGACUCUCACACAAGAACAAUAUCAAAUGAUUUUUAAGGUCAUUGAUGGAAAUGUGAACGACAAUGCUGGUUUUGCAAAAAUAGAGGAAAAGAAUGAUAAAGAGAUGACCUCAUCCACUGGUACAAGCGCUACGCCCGUUAAGAAAGAAACCACAGAACAAGAUGCUAAAAUUACUGAUGUCACAGUCAAGGUUCUCUUCUCCAAUUUGAAUUUAACAGUCUCGAAAUCAACAGAAGAUUCAUUGGCACGAAUGAACAUGUAUGACCUCAAUGUAGACUUUAAUAUGAAGCGAAGUGGAUUGUCGAACACGAGCGUUUCAAUCAGUGCAGCAGAUGCUCAUGAUCUCCGAAAAUCCGACAGUUACUUCAAGACCUUUGUUGAUACUCGACAGGAUCAAACAUCUUUCACAAAAUCUCAACAUUUCCUGCUUGUGGACGUUGUGAACGAUCCAGAGAAAUCCCUUGUCAAAGUAGAUGUUAAAAUGGGAAAUCCUCGUAUUAUUUUCAUUCCUGAAAUUGUAUUUGAUAUCCAGAACUUCUUCAUGAACAUGAGACCACAAAAACCACCAAAAGGAAAGAUUCUAUCUUUUGAAAAUAUGCCUGUUGGUGACAUUCAUAUCAAUACUGACAUUACAUUGGGAGCUGACUUGUCGUUAACACCCACAAAGCGAUUAAUUGUCCAUACCAUUGAGGGUGGAAAUAUUGAAAUUAACGGUAACGGUCACAUCAUUGAUCUGCCAUUCGUUCAACAAGUUUUCAAAAUUGAAGCGGGCAUGACCUUAACAUUGACCAAUGUAGUCAUUAAGAAAGAACCUGAACACAAAUUGGAGGAUUAUUGUGAGUUGGCGGACAAGGCGUCAAUAGUUUUUGGAAAUGGAAGUAAAUUCAUCAGCAACAAGGAAGGAGCUACCAAUGAAGACAAAUCAAGCACCAUUGUAAGCGUGUUUGUGGACAAUCCAAAUGUCAUGUUUCCCGUCAAGCCCAAUGAUCCUAAUAGCAGGCUUUUGGUAGUAAGAUCUCAACUGAAAUUCAAAAUGCAAACGAGCGCUACAAAGCAGCUCUUUGUUGUGAGUAUCCAUGAGUUGACCAUGUUUGUUGAUAGUUUCCAGUCUUCAAGUCAAGUCAUGAUGAAAAAUAAUAUUUUAGAGCCUCUCUCGUUGGAUUUAGAAUACUUCUCAGAACACAAGUCGCGAGUUGACAUUUUGAGCGAUGUUAAGGCGAAAAUUGAUGGAAACAUUCGAGCACGAGUUUCCUAUCAAGAUGUUAAAAUGAUCACUGAAGUGGUGAACCAUUUCACAGAAGCCAUGAAAAAACCCAAGACGACAGACAGUAGCUAUCUAUUGUCCGAUGAUCAUUUAGCGAAUCAUCUCUCCGAUAAUUCUGAUAUUUCCGAUGAAGAAGAGGAAUUUGAAGAAGCCAAAGAUGAAAUUGAACACAUUGAUGGACAGUUUGUUCUUAGUGACUAUGUCGAGUCGAGAGACUCUCUCACAAACCAUUGCAAAUUGAGAACUUCUCUCAGGACUCAACGAGUAAUGCGUUUUCGUUCAGCUUCGAUAUGA